AGAGAAGAGUUUUCCACAGAGCCAUGGAUUUAGUCAAAGAGAAUGGUGUGCACGAGCGACUGGUGCACAUUAAAGAAGAGGACUGUGAGUGGGGUGAACCCGAGUAUUUGUGUGUCAAGCUGGAGGAUUGCGAAGGAGGAAUUUCCGUUUUGAAAGAGGAGGAGCUCAAGGAGGAGACGGUGGACAUUAAAGUUGAGCAUUCAGAAGAGUUCUCAGUUAAUGUUGGACUGCAGAGACAUGAAACCGGGAACGAUUUCAAGCGCGAUAUUUAUGAAGAGUCUCCUUACAGGUUUCAGUCCUGGGUCACUAAUACGGGACAACUGGCUGCCCAGCAGAAUUCUGUGGAACUGAAAUCCGAGGUGUCUGAGGUGGAAGAGAAAAUCAAUGAGGGAAACAAGAAAAAGGAAGAACAGAAAGUCGAAAUAAAACUUGAACAGAGCAGCAGCUUCUCCCCAUCGUUAUUUGCGCAGACCUCUCUUCACUGCAGACUGCAACACAAACAGGACAAGGAAGAGAUGAGCAAAUCAACAAGAGGAUCUGAAAAUUUGACAGAAGCCUCUCUCCAGUGCAGUGCUCUUCCUCAGAGAGAAGCCAUCAGUUCUGACCUACAACAAGAGCAUAGCACAGGUCAAGAGGCUUUGCCUGCUGGCAGUAAGUAUGGACAAACUUUCAAAAAUGUCAAGAUAAUUCAUACAGGAGACAAGUCAUAUGGCUGUUCUGAAUGUGGAAAAAUAUUCUUACAUAAAAGCAGUCUUCAGGUACACUUAAGAAAGCACACUGGAGUAAAACCUCAUUGCUGUUCUGAAUGUGGCAAGCGAUUCUCUGACAAUUACAGUCUCCAAACACAUUCAAGAAUCCAUACUGGAGAAAAGCCCUAUGGCUGUGCUGAAUGUGGAAAAAGAUUCACCAACAGUGGCCGCCUUCAGACCCACACAAGAACUCAUACUGGGGAAAAGCCGUAUUGCUGUUCAGAGUGUGGCAAACGAUUUACAGAGAGUAGUGCUCUUCAGAGUCACAAAAGAAUUCACACCGGAGAGAAGCCGUAUUGCUGCUCUGAAUGCGGAAAGCAGUUCACUGUCAGUAGCAACCUUCAGAGUCACAAAAGAAUUCAUACAGGAGUGAAGCCCUUUUGCUGUUCUGAAUGUGGUAAACGAUUUACCAGAAGUAGCAGUCUUUACCAGCACACACAAAUUCAUACCGGAGAGAAACCAUAUAGUUGUUCUGUAUGUGGCAAAAGACUGAGAAGUAGGAGAAGUCUUUGGCAGCACAUAUCAAUUCAUACUGGAGACAAACCGUAUUGUUGUUCUGAAUGUGGGAAAAAAUUCACUGAAAGCGGUGCUCUUCAGAGGCACAAACAGAGUCAUACAGGAGAAAAGCCAUUUGUCUGUUCUGAAUGUGGCAAUAGAUUUACCCGAAGCAGUAGUCUCCGUCAGCACACACUGAUUCAUACUGGAGAGAAGCCGUAUGGCUGCUCUGAAUGUGGCAAGAGAUUCACAGAGAGUAGUGCUCUUCACAGGCACAAAAGAAUUCAUACAAUAGAAAAACCUCAUUGCUGCUCAGAGUGUGGUAAACGAUUUUCUGAUAGUUGUGGCCUCCAAAGACACACAAGAAUCCACACUUUAGAAGAAAAGAGGAAAACGCUUGGGAAGGAGAAGAGUUUUACACAGAGUAUGGCCUCCAUCAAGGACGACCGCGUGGAUGAAAGACUGACACGUAUUAAACAAGAGGAGUUGAGCCAAGCCCCAGAAAAUUUGUGUGUGAAGUCGGAGGAAUGCGAAGAAAGAAUUUCAGCUGUUAAAGAAGAAGAAGAAGGAGAGUGCGUGGAUGAGAUUGUUGAAGUUAAGGUGGAGGAUGUGGACGAUUUCUUGGUUAGUCAUGAACUGCAAAACCCUGAAACUAGAAAUCUGUUCAAACAAGAGGUUUCUGAAGAGUCUCGUUCAACUUUACAGCAUUGGGCCACUAAUACAGAGCAGCCGGCUACCCAACCAGACCUGAAAUCCGAGUUCUGCGAGUUUGAAGAGCACGUCGAUGAAAAACAUGGGAGAGAAGGAGAAGAGCAGCAGUCAUCUAGGAGAGCUGGAAUAAAUAUCCAGGAGACCUGCAGCUUCUCUGCUUCAUUUGCUCAGACAUCUCCUCACGGCCGACUGCAACAGGACAAGAUGAAGAAAUCAACAAGAGGAGCGGAGCAUUUGACAGCAGCUUCUUUCCAGUGCAGUUCUCUUCCUGCUACCAGACAAACACAGACCGAAGCCAUCAGCACUGACCAACAAGCGUUUAGCACGGAGCAAGAGGUCUUGUAUGCCAGUGGAAAGUAUGGAAAAAUGUUUAAAACCAAAUCUGAUGGUAAAGAGAAGUCGAUUCAUACAAUUCAGAAGCCGUAUGCCUGUGCGGAAUGUGACAAGCUGUUUUCACACAGAAACAGUCUACAUAGACAUAAAAGAAUUCACACUGGAGAAAAGCCCCACUGCUGUGCAGAGUGUGGCAAACGAUUCCCUCGUAAUAGUGCCCUUCAGCGGCACACGCUCGUUCAUACUGGAGAGAAGCCAUACAGCUGUGCUGAAUGCAAUAAAAGUUUUUCAGAAAAAAGUAGUCUUCACAGACAUUCGAAAAUUCACACCGGAGACAAACCUUAUUGCUGCUCUGAAUGUGGCAAAGGAUUCUCAGUUUUAAGUAUGUUUCAUAUCCACCUGAAAAUUCAUAGUGGAGAGAAGCCUUAUUGUUGCUCAGAAUGUGGCAAACAAUUCUCUCAUGCUAGCGCUUUUCAGCAGCACAUACGAAUCCACACUGGAGAAAAGCCAUACAUCUGUUCCGAAUGUGGUAAAGGAUUUACUUACAGUAGCAAUCUUCGUCAACACACACAAACUCACACUACCACAAAGCCGUAUGGCUGCUCGGAAUGCGGUACGCGGUUCACCGAUAGCCGUGCCCUUCAGAGCCACGCACGGUUUCACAUGGGAGAAAAAAAAUAUUGCUGUUCUGAAUGUGGCAAACGAUUUUCUCAUCCUAGCAAUCUCCAGUCACAUAUGCGAGUUCACACUGGAGAAAGGCCAUGUUCUUGCUCCGAAUGUGGCAAGCAAUUCUUUGACCGUAGCGGUCUUCAGCGGCACAGGAGAAUUCAUACUGGAGAAAAGCCAUACUGCUGCCCUGAAUGUGGCAAACGAUUCUCAGCCAGUAGCUCUCUGCAGCAGCAUACACGGAUUCAUACGGGGGAGAAGCCGUAUUGUUGUCCUGAAUGUGGUAAACGUUUUUCACACAGACGAAGCCUUAACCUCCACUCAAACAUUCACACCGGAGCGAAAACAAUCGGAGCUGAGCUAGCUGGGGAUCAAGACAACUGACACUGUGCCAGGGUGCCAAGGGCAGUAGGUCUCAUCAAAAGAAAAUUCCAGGAUUUCUCAUCUGCCUACCAUUGAUUAACUCAUAUCUGUGUGAACUGCGAGAAGAGACAUGAGUAGGAACGACUGAGGUGAAAGGCCUUGUCCUGUAGUGCAACAGAGUGGGACUGUUAGCGCACAGAUUCACACGGAGAGAAUCCUCAUUUGUGUGCUGAAGGUGGGAAACAAAUCUUUCAAAAAGGUACACUUCAACAACACAUGACAAUUCAUAAACGGACAGUAACCAGGUUCAGAACAGAGCUAUGGACACCUCCAUAGUCCAAUAACCACUUAAUGCGCAGUUGUUGUUAGGCUUCAUUUAUAUUUUGAACUUCCUUGCAUUUUCAACAAAAUCAGUCUUUAUGUGUACUUAUUAUGUAAUAUGAACAUUUUUGUAUUAGCAUUUUACCUGUGAAC